AUUGGUGGUGGUUCUAUUCUAUAGGCUGAGGACGCGGGUUCAGGCGAGGUGAGGAGACAAACCAAGUUGAACCUAUACUGGGUGAAGAAACAAAUAUGAGUAGCGGCAGUGUUCGCUGAGCAGAAACAAGCGCGAAGCGAACUGGGAGAGACGCGCCCUAUCAUCCAAUCUAUUGAGCAUAUACAGUCUUUCGAAUAACACUUUGGAGGAGAUUCACAUGAAGAAGAGGAACUUCAUCGGGCUAUUUCACUAACAGAUGGUGGCAUUGCAACGUGAAUCACAGCCACUCGGAGCCAGCCUCAUUAUCAAAACAACCAGAGAGUGUAUUUCUAAAGUGAGCUAUUAAACGAAACUCAAGCACACAAUCUAUGAGUUUGGCAAUUACCCGAUCACGCCAGGGCUAUCCAAGCAUGAAAUACCAUACUAGACCCACCAGUAGCGUCCUCCAGGAUUUGUCUGGUGGUCCCUCCCAUCUGUUGGGACUGGAAGGCCUGGACCCGAGGCCUCUGAGCGAGGCAAUGUCCUUCACUGACGAGGCGGUCUCCAUCCUGACCUCCAGCAGCCAGCUAGCCCGUUCCCUCCUGGGCUGCACCUCUGCCCUGAAGCGGAAAGAAAGCCUAGCCGCCACCGCUAACCAUACUAACGCUAAUGCUAUCUCUAACAAUGACGGUGAGGAUGACUUUGACGAUAGCAACAGUGCUCUGCGCCGCAAACGCGAGUUCACUCCCGACGAGAAGAAGGACGACGGCUACUGGGAUAAGAGGAAGAAGAACAACGAGGCGGCGAAACGGUCGCGUGAGAAACGACGUGCCAAUGACAUGGUCCUGGAGACGAGGGUUCUGGGGUUGUUGGAGGAGAACGCCCGACUAAGGGCCGAACUCCUGGCCUUCAAGUUCCGCUUUGGCCUAGUCAAGGACACCUCUGACAUAGCCAUAAUGCCGCUGUCCGUGCCUCCACCCAAACAUUUUGAACCGAGGUACUACCUACCCCACGAUGAUGGUUCCUACCCCCAUAACACCCCCGCCACCACCUCCCACCACCAUCCCCACCACUCAUACGAGGUGAGGGGAACUGGGCUGCCAGCAGGGCGUGACGUGGGCAGUAGUAUAUCCGAGGACUCUGGUUUCUCCCCUGGAAGCUCCAACGUCGGCAGCCCCGUGUUCUUUGACGAUGGACUAGGGGACCACAGCCGAACAUCCCCCAGAACGGCAGAGGAACAGGGGCGUAAUGAGCCUCACGUCUCCCUGGAGGCAGAAGGACAGUAUCACGGCAGGCAGGACUCUAGCCUACCACACAAACUCCGCUUCAAAACCCCCGGUGGAGGUAGCGAAGGUGGGGAGAUACCAGCAAGGUCCCCUAAUAGUAAACGCCCUUUCCCCGUAGCUACAGUCGGACCAAACACCCAGAGGAGCCAGGCUGGAUGGUACAGUCAUAGGGGAGAGGGCCAGGCUGCGUGGCCCAGUGAGGAGGCCCGUGCUGGGCAUGAUCAGCAGCACCACUACUCCCCCUCUGGAGGGUCUGCACACAGCCCCACCACUACCACAGACUCCCAGUAUGUGGCGGAGAAUGGCACCCUCAAAUCCCAGCUCAGCUCUCUAUCGCAGGAGGUGGCCCAGCUCAAGAAGCUGUUCUCUCAGCAGCUGCUCUCCAAACUGGUCUGAGCUCGGGGAUUCGAUCUUGCAACCUUUCGGUGACUGGCCCAACGCUCUAACCACUAAGCUACCUGCCGCUCCAUUGAUCUCCAGCAAACAGCUACAUCAAGUGUGAAGAAGCUGAGCAAACCACAUGACAACCUAAAAACUACUUCAAUAACACAUUCUCCAGAUACGACGAUACAGUGGCCUUCACCACUAUAAAAGCACACCAGCACAGGAAAUACCAGUUACAAUAGCAAUCAGCAGUCGAAAGCAAUACUUCAGGAUACUCUGUUUGAUUCACAGUACUAUAAAACAGCAUUUAUGGUUAACUUAUACGAUACACAUUUUUUGUAUUUAUAUUUUUAGUCAUUUAGCAGACACUCUUAUCCAGGGCGACUUACAGUAUGUGAGUGCAUACAUUUUCAUACUUGUUCGUAUGAUAUCUGAAAUACAAUAAUUUUUUUUGUACACUGAUCUGGCCUGUUUCUUUGCUAAAGUUUCACAUUCUUUCUUUAGAGACUUUUAUUGAACAGGUCUGAACACACUGGAUUACACUGCUAAACCUGAGUACAUGCAGCGGUCAUAGAUGGAUCAUUUAUGAACCCAUUCCGUUUGUAUUAUUGCGUUACAUGUCUGAUUACCCUGCUGCUGUAGGACAUGGUAUCCCUCACUUCUGUUUCUACACAGUUUGUCUUAAACGGUUUGUCUCAUAAAAUAUGAUAAUAACAGAUUCUAUGUACAUAUUUUUUCAUUUCAACUGUAAGUAAUAUGAUAUACUGUACAUGUACGUAAAUAAAUAAACAGUUUUUCCUAA